AUGUCGCUCCCCCAAGUCCAAAAAGCCCUCCUCUUCAACAAAACACCAUCCACACUGCACCUCAGCACCAGCGCUCCCCUUCCCUCUCCCUCGCCAUCCUCGCUCCUCCUCCGCGUCCACGCCGCCGCAAUCACAAACGGCGAGCUCACAUGGGCGCCCUACCUCAACUGGCCCGAACACCACAUCCCAUGCUACGACGUCAGCGGCACCAUUGUGCAUCUGCCGCCCGCCAGUUCAGAUGAGACCGCGCCAGUAAGCCACAAGUUCAGUAUAGGCGACCGCGUGUACGCCCGGAUCCACGCCGCGCGCGACGGAGCCGCAAGCCAGUACGCGUCGGUACUGCUCUCUGAAGCAGCGCUCGUUCCCGCCGCCCUCGACAUGCAGACUGCGGCCGCGGUGCCAAUGAGCGCGCACACAGCAUGGCAGGCGUUAUUCGAGCACGGCAAUCUCACUGGCUCCUUCACCGAAACAAAUAUACCGCAUGUACAUGCGAAAACAGGAGAUGCGGUGCUGGGCCAGGCUCGCGGCAAACGCGUGCUUGUGCUUGGCGCCGCGGGCGGCGUGGGCACCAUGGCGGUGCAGUUUGCGAAGCUGGCGGGCGCAUGGGUCGCGGGCACGGCGGGGCCACGGAAUACGCUAUUUCUGGGGGAGCUGGGCGUGGACGAGGUGCUGGAUUAUACGCGGACGGGCGUCGAAAAGUAUGUUUCUGGUGGUGGGGCAAAGUUUGAUCUUGUGCUUGAUUGCGUGGGCGGGCAUGCCAUGAUGGAUGCGUGGCAUGGUGUCAAAGAGCAUGGGGCGUAUAUCUCGGUUGUGCCUGGGUUUCGGGAGCCCGAUGGCGGCAAGCCCGUGGGCGUCAAGAGCCUGUGGUUUGUCAUGGAAGCCCGGGGCGAGGAGCUCGAGCGCAUUGCCAGGUUUUUCGAAAAGGGCAUGCUCAAGGUCGGCGUGGAUAGUGUGUGGAAGCUGGACGAAUAUCAAAAGGCAUUUGAAAGGACGGCGACGGGGCAUGCGAGGGGCAAGGUCGUGCUGACGGUUGACGAGUGA